AUCGACGUGAUCACAAGCGACGUACUGGCAGAUCCAUCCCAAUUGACGCCAUCCACCAGACGAGCCAGUCACUAUUUACAGCAUCCACACACACACACACACACGGGGACACACAAGGAGACGGCGGCAAUACGCAACGGUUGGCUCACAUCAGCGGGAGCCACGGAAGCAUCAGAUCCGUCAUGGCCACCCUAGCACCCAAACCACACACGCGUGCACCAGCCGAGCCCAUCCGCAUCUGCGCACAUGAGUCUAGAAGGCCAUGUUGCGACCUCGUCGCGAAUCGUCACACGGUGAGCCAGGACGUGCCUCAUCAUGUCGAUCGAGCAGCGAGGAGGGCACCAGAUAGCACUUCUACCACCGAUAUGCACGCACCGCAGAAGAAAGGCCACGUCCAUGAAUCAAGAGCUGGCCAACGAGUUGUGUUGGUUCGUUGAAUCGUUCGUGUCGGAUGUGGGAUCAUGCCUCAUCCCACAGACGACCACGCGACAUCGGUAUUCUGUGGGACGAAUACGGACUUGUCGUCGCCGCCGUCGGCCAGAUAAGACAUGCUCCCCAUCGAAAAUACGAAACGGCAAUUCGUGGAUGAAUAGGCAUAUGCACACUCACAGCUCGACAAACGGGCAAGGCAAGGCAAGGCAAGGCAACGUGGAAAGACCACCUCCAAAAACUACCCCAUCCCACUCAUCCGGGUGUGGUGUGCAGGUCUGCAUCUCUUCCACCCCUCCGCCCUUCCCUCCCUCCCUCCCUGACUAGAGGUAGCUACCACGCACUUGGCCAUCUGCAGACAGACUGUCACCGCCUGCCGUCCUCCAUCGUGUCAGCAUCUGCAUCCUCGCCGUUACCGUUGCCAUUGCCAUUGCCACCUGCUUCUGCACCGGCUGCUGCUGGUGCUGCCGGUGCUGGUGGUGCUUGUGGGACCGCCCCCUCGCCCACCGUCUCCACCACCUCGCUGCCCGUCGCACCCUCCGGCGCCUGGUCGCUCUCGGAUGUGAUCUCCUUCUUCAGAUCCUCAUCUCCUCCGCUGCUGCUGGAUGAUGCCGCACUCUCUCCCGCACCCUGGCUCUCUGCUGCUGUCGCCUCACCACCACCACCACUCACCUCCGGCUGCUGCUGCUGCUGCUGGUUUGAUGCUGUGACGCUGUCGGUGACGUUUGUCGGUGUCUGCUGUGGGGCUGGAGGUGGUUGUGGCGCGUUGUUGUUGGCCUCUCCGUCUGCCGUGGUCUCUGCUGCCGCUCCUGCUGCUGCCGAUGACGCCUCCUCGCCACUCGUCGCCUGUUUCUCUGCCUCUGCGUCUGUGUCUUUCGCAGUCGUCUCAGCUGCUGCUGCUGCUGCUUCUGGUUCCUUCUGCUGUUGCUGCUCCGGUUGCUGCUGCUGAUCCUGCUGCUGCUGCUCCGGUUGCUGCUGCUGCUCACCGCCAUCCCUUCCUGUGUCUGUGUCUGUCUGCACGGCUGCGAUGCCGUCAGCGGCGGGUUGUUGUGGCUUGGUGCCCGCGAUGGAUGUGGGGUCGAUGUUGUGGUCCGCUAUGUAGGUGAGCAACGGGGGGUCGGUGCCGUCGUCGCGCUUCUUGAGCUUGCUCAUGUCGCCACGGGAGGCGAACCUGACAGACAGACGAAGGGACAGCAGUGGUGGGGAGUUGGGUGUGGGUGUGCGGGGGCGUUGUUGGCUCGGCUGACCACCCACCAGUCUAGCGUUUCCUUUGUGAACUCUGCGGUGAUCUCGUGGCUGGCCCACGCGAUGUUGAGCUCCUCGGAGAUGGCCGACUCGUCAGCCUGGACACACACAUACGCACACACACACACACACACACACACAGACGCGAUGACAACAGACAAGUCACACCAGCAGGGAGUGGGGGGUGGGGAUGGCGUGUGCGUACGGUGAGUGAGAUCCCCCGGUCCUUUAUUUCCGUAACGGUGAGGUCGAAGAGCUCUCGCCAUGGGCACCGACUGACACACACACACACACACACACAUCCAUUGUGAGCGACAGGGCAGGGCAGCGCAAAGAGGUCCGUGUCUGUGUGCUGUGGCUGUGUUUGCCGUCUUGAUCUUACUGGCUGUCUCGCGGGUUUUCCUUCAGGAAUCCGUCCUCGUCUAUCAGUUGCUUGUCCCGCAGCGCCUUGUGCAGCUUCCCUGACAGCUCCUCGUCUAUCUGCGGGCGCGCACAGCACAGCACACAAGUGAAUUCACACAUGGGGAGAUGGUGCAGAGAGAGCAGCGCAGCCACUUCCCUCCCACCUCUGGGAUGCGAUCGGAGAAGAACUUGGGCGUGAUGGGGUGGGGCUUGACGGAGAGCAGAAGGGCGGGCCGCUGACGCUCACGGAGACCCUCAAUGUUGCCGCGAACCACACCUGACGCACACACACACACACACGCAAUCCAUCCAUCCAGCCACCGCUGUUGGUGCCCUCAUGUGUAGCGCGCGUACGUGUGGUGGCCUUGUCUUUGCUCAUAGAGAUGAAUAGCACCGGCGGGUAUUUGUCGAGCAUCUCGUCGUGCAGCACGAUGGCCAUGAUCUGCACCGCCACGGCGUCAAACUUGAGACCCCGAUCCACCAGCUCCUUCGAACCGAUGAGCGAACCGAUCAGACCCCCGCCCGACGACGCCCCCACUGCAAACAGGGGGAGGGACUCCCACCCUUCGCGGUGCCUGCAACACACACACUCACAGAGAGAGAGAGAGAGAGAGAUGAGGUGGACGGCAUAGCACAAUGGCCCCAACACACACACACACUGGGAGACGCCCUGACCUGAGUAUCUCCAGCGCCUUCAGGACUCUCUUGCCGUCCUGCUCGAAGUGCCAGCACAUCCUCUGCCGGUUGGCGCUGCUGAUGGCCACCACUCCAUAGCCCUCGCUCAGCAUCUCCCUCACCAUCUGCCGCUCCUCCGGCAGACCCAGGCACCUCUCGCAGCCGGGCGACUUAGGCCAGAAAUCAGUGGCCGAGUGGUGGCAUCCGUGGGCGAGGAAGACGACGCCGCGAGAGGGGCCGCCUGGUGGCGCCUCCCACACGACCUCGAUGCUGCCGUCGAGCACCUCUAGAUGGGGGGACGACUUGGGGGGCUCCUCCUUGACGGCUGGGGCUGGGGCUGCUGCUGCUGAUGAUGAUGCCUGGGCAACGGUGUCCUUGGCGGCGUCAUCUCGCUCCACCACAGCCGCCCCCUCCUGCACCACAGCCACUUCCCCGCUGCUGCUCGCCGUUUCCUCAGUCUUGGAGGCGGCACUCUGGUCAGAUUUUGUCGCGUCAUCAGGGGCUGAUCCAGCGGGUGGUUGAUCAGCUGACGUGUCGGCGUCUGCGUCUGUGUCUGCAUCGUCCUCUUGCUCGUCAGUUAUUGCCUCGUCCUUGGGCUGCUCGACUGCCGACGACUGCGGCGGAAGGAACGAGUCGCCCGAGUCGGCCGUCAGCCGGUGCUGCCCUUGAGCCACUCGCCUGGACGAGGCAAUGCUGAUGACCUGCUGCCCGUCCUGGCGCAUAUUGGCCGGCUGGAAGCUGCUGCCCCUGGAUGCCAGGAAGGCGCCCACACACAGGAGGACGCCGAUGCAGCUCACGCCGACGAUGCUGCGCGUCCUGCCGGACUUGGCUGCGCAGAUGCCGGCCAUGCAGUUGCGGCGGUGGAGCUUGCUGCUGCUGUCGUCUAUGCCUAGGGACAAAGAUGUAUGGUCAGUGCUGCUGCUGGUGUCGGCGGUGAGUGGACGGCCCUCCUCUAGACUGGAGCCGCGGGAGAUGUGACGGGCGCUCGUCAUCCGUGGCAGCAAACGCACAUAUCGCCGAUACUUCUGCUGCAGCAAAGCAGUGUGUCCAGUCUACCACUCCCCAGGCCCCUUCUCGCCGCAAAAAGACGUUUUCC